AGAUCUACACUGGUCCUAUAUCUGUCUGUUUUUGCAGCAGCGGAAGGAAAGUUGAUGAAGCCCCUUUUCCUUCUGUUUGUCUGUUAUUUUGAUCUUGUACAUGGUCAGUAUAACAUAGUACAAGGCUGUAUAAAGAAAGAAAUGUCGAACCAUUGUCAUACAGUAACUGGUAGCGAUAGGAACGAGUCUUUUAUAACAGUAAAGGGCAAUCGUUUCUUCAAAGCGAACGAUAUAUACUAUAUAAAGGGAGCCAACUAUUGGCAAGGCAUCAACUUGGCAGCGGCAGCCAUAUCACAAUCGCAAUAUUCUGAUGAUAGUAGUAGUAGUAGUAGUAGUAAGUAUUAUCAUGAUCGCUUAAUGCAAGAGUUGGAUCAGCUACAAAAAAUGGGAGUGAACAAUCUACGCAUUAUGGCAAGUUCAGAAGGACCAGAUACAGAGCCUUAUCGUAUGAGACCUUCAUUGCAGCCUUCUGCUGGAAAAUACAAUGAAGACGUGCUCAAUGGUUUAGAUUACCUUUUAUUCGAAAUGAAAAAAAGAGACAUGACAGCCGUUAUGGUAUUGAAUAACUUUUGGCAUUGGAGUGGGGGCUUCUCUCAAUAUAUUGCAUGGGCUGCAUCACCGCCAGGAAGCAUUAGCAUUCCUUAUCCAGUAACACGCGACAAAUGGGACGAAUUUGAACGAUUUGCCAAGAGCUUUUAUACGAACGAGCUCGGCAACGAAUUGUUUAAGCAGCAUAUCCGGUUUAUACAAACAAGAUUCAAUACAUACACAGGCAAAGUAUAUAAUGCGGAUCCUGUCAUCAUGAGCUGGCAAAUCGGUAACGAGCCUCAGCUGCCACCAAAAUCUUGGUAUGAAGACAUUGCUUCUUUUAUUAAGCAGGGUUCGCCGCAUCAACUGGUCUCCAGCGGAAUUGAAAGUAAAUAUGAUGUGCAAGAUUUCCUAAAUGCACAUGACGUGGAUGCCAUAGAUUAUUGUACCUGCCACUGUUGGGCAGAAAACUGGGGAAAGUAUAAUCCCACAAAAGAAAAUGAUCUUGCCAAUGCUAUUCAGUUUGCUCGAGAGUUUUUACUCAAAAUUCAUAAUGUAUAUAUGCCACAACUUCAACGACCCAAGCCUUUGAUAGUGGAGGAAUUUGGAUUAGCUCGUGAUGCCUGGAGAUAUCCUGGUGAUUCAGAUAAAAAGUAUGAUUCGCAAACACCUAUAACUCAUCGUGAUCAAUAUUUCAAAGAGGGUAUUUAUAAAGUCAUUGAAACAAAAAAGUUUUCUGACAAUAAUGGCUACUUUGGAGGAUCGAAUUUCUGGGCUUUCGCAGGGAUAGGUAGGCCUACAGAUCGACCUGAUUCUUAUGGCAUGACCUGGUUAGGAGAUCCCCCGCACGAACGUAAAGGCUGGUACAGCGUCUAUGAUAAAGACUCUACAACAAUCCAUGUUAUUCAAAACCACUUCCAAAAGCUCUCUUCGGAUGAUGAGAUCUAGGUUCGCAAAGAACCUUUUGAUGCAAGGAACGUAAUGUUGCUGUCAAUGCACUUGGUCAAUAAUAGGACACAUGAAUUCAAGCUAUUGUAAAUUCAGAUACUAUUACCGCGCUUGCUCUAUCUAAUCUUUUAAUGAAACUUAUCAUGCAACUGCUUGCUUUCUAUCUCCAUCCCACUUGUUAAUCCACUGCGUAGAUACUUUAUGCUACUGAUCAAAGCUCAAAGAUGGGCCUUUCCUUAUAUUGAGAGUAUAGCUUAUAUAAAAGCUUAGAUUCACAUAUAAGUACAUAUAUAUAUAUCAGCGUGUAUCUUGGUAUUUGGGUGAGACAUGAUUUGUUCGCUACAAUGUCUUAGUUUUUUAUUUACAUCAUCCUAUUCAGCUGUUAUUCACGACGCCAUUUUUCAUCUUGAGGCUAG